CGGUGACAGUGACGUGAUUUGUCAAAAUAAAAUCAAAAUGUAAAAUGGUGGAAUUUGUUUGUCGCCAGUUGUAAACAAAUAAUGUUUUUAUUUUUAAUAUUAUUAUGUGAUAAUAAAUAUUUGAAAUUUAAAAAGUCUUGACUUGUGAAUGACUCCAGAUGUGUGAUGCAGUAGUAAAACUAAUAGCCUAUAAUAAUUUGUUAGUUGUCCAGACUAUAUCCAAAUAUGUUGAAGGAAAAGGGACAGUUAAAAUUUGAAGACAAAUGGCCUCAUAUGGGACCUAUUGUACUGAAACUUCUCAAACAAGAACCAGUGUCUCCUGCUGAAUGGCAUGAACUGUUUUAUGAUGUCCAUCUAGUAUGUCUGUGGGACGAAAAAGGACCGGCCAAACUGCGUGACCAUUUGCAUGAAGACAUAAUAGAUUUCAUAAAGCAAGCCCAGGCUAGAGUCCUAGCCCACAGACAAGAAGAAGCUCUGUUAAAGGCCUACAUAGCUGAAUGGCGAAAAUUUUUCACUCAGUGUAAUUAUCUUCCAACCCCUUUCAGGCAAUUAGAAAGCAGUUUACAAGGAAAAACAACUUCAGGAAGUUCCAAUGUACAAAAUAACAGUGCUAAGAAGGGUCAAGGUGAAGAGAGCAUAGUGAGGAAGUUGAUGUUGGACUCCUGGAAUGAAAGUAUAUUCAGUGAUAUCAAACAUAGAUUACAAGAUAGUGCCAUGAAGUUAGUCCAUGCUGAGAGAAAUGGGGAAGCAUUUGAUUCUCAGCUUGUUAUUGGAGUGAGGGAAUCUUAUGUGAAUCUAUGCUCUAACACUGAAGACAGAUUACAAAUCUACCGUGAGAACUUUGAAGCAGCUUACAUCCAGAGCACAGAUCUGUUUUACAGGCUGAAAGCCCCUGAACAGCUGGCAACCAAUGGGGUGCAGCCCUACAUGCGCUAUGCUGAUGCCAAACUGAGGGAAGAGGAGGCUAGAGCCCAAAGGUACCUCGAGGCAGGCAGCAAUGGGGUAAUCCAGUGUUGUGUGAAGGUUUUGGUUGGUAAUGCUUUGCCUGUGCUGCUGGCAGAAUGUGCUCCCCUGAUAAAGGCAGGGGAAACUGAAAGGUUGCAGUUGAUGUUCAGGUUAUUGGAGAGGGUUCCUGAGGGGGUCCAACCCAUGCUGAGAGAGCUGGAGAACCAUAUCACCCAAGCUGGUCUUGCUGAUAUGAUGGCGGCAGCCGACAUAAUCACUCAGGAUUCUGAAAAGUAUGUGGAGAGGCUGCUGGAGCUGUUCAGGAAGUUCAGUACACUGGUACACGACGCUUUUUCCGAUGACCCCAGGUUCCUCACUGCCAGAGAUAAGGCUUUCAAGGCCGUAGUGAACGACACCACGGUUUUCAGGCUGGAACUGAACACUGGCAGGAACGUGGGAGGUAAAGUGGUGACUCCUGAAAGUAAAUGCCCGGAAUUGCUGGCGAAUUAUUGCGAUAUGUUGCUGAGGAGGACACCACUGUCAAAAAGGCUGACUAGUGAAGAUAUCGAAUCUAGGUUAAGGGAUGUACUGCUGGUUUUGAAGUAUGUUUCCAAUAAGGAUGUCUUCAUGAGGUAUCACAAGGCUCAUCUGACCAGGAGAUUAAUAUUGGAUGCCAGCGCCGAUAGCGAAAAAGAAGAAGACAUGGUGGAAUGGCUGCGCGAAGUGGGCAUGCCGGCCGACUAUGUCAACAAACUAGCCAGGAUGUUCCAGGACGUCAAAGUCAGCGAGGACCUCAACGGUCAAUUCAGGGUGUCCACAGCCAGGCAUGAUGCGAUCAACAUCAAGAUUUUGAAUGCUGGCGCUUGGGCGAGGGGUUCGGAACGCGUUACGGUCAGUUUGCCCGUGGAACUGGAGGAUUAUAUACCCGAGGUCGAGGAGUUUUACAAGAAGAAGCAUUCCGGCAGGAAGUUGCAGUGGUACCACCAUAUGAGCAACGGGACUAUAACGUUCUCGACGGCCGGUGGUAAAUUCGACCUGGACGUAACCACCUUCCAAAUGGCCGUCCUCUUCGCGUGGAAUCAAAGACAGCACGAUAAGAUCAGCUAUGAGAAUCUCAGAUUGGCAACGGAGUUGCCGGACGGUGAACUGAGAAGGACUUUGUGGUCUCUGGUGGCGUUUCCGAAAUUGAAACGCCAAUUGUUGCUAUUCUCGCCGAACGUCAGUGCAUCGAAGGAUUUCACUGAACACACAUCGUUUUGGGUGAAUCAGGAUUUCGCUUUGAUCAAGAACGGGAAGCCGCAAAAGAGGGGAAAAGUGAAUCUGAUAGGUCGUUUGCAGUUGAGUACGGAACGAUCACAACUAGAAGAUAACCAAUCUAUAGUACAGUUAAGAAUUCUUAGAACUCAGGAAGCUAUUAUUAAGAUUUUGAAAAUGCGAAAGAAAAUUCCAAAUGCAGCAUUACAGACUGAACUUGUAGACAUUCUGAAAAAUAUGUUUUUACCUUCUAAGAAGAUGAUAAAAGAACAGUUGGAGUGGCUCAUCGAACAUAAGUAUAUGAGAAGGGAUGAUGAUGAUAUUAAUACUUUUAUUUAUAUGGCAUGAGUUGUUGUUAUUUAAUAAACAAUAUUUGUUAU